CGAGCUGGGUGUUUCCUGCCUCUUUCAGUCCGGGUUUGGAGGCUCCGGCGUUCUCCAACUUUUCAUGGAAGAGAUGUCAGGAGAAAGUGUGGUGAGCUCAGCGGUGCCAGCGGCUGCUACCCGCACCACUUCGUUCAAGGGCACGAGCCCCAGCUCCAAGUAUGUGAAGCUGAACGUGGGCGGCGCCCUCUACUACACCACCAUGCAGACGCUGACCAAGCAGGACACCAUGCUGAAAGCCAUGUUCAGUGGGCGCAUGGAAGUGCUCACCGACAGUGAAGGCUGGAUCCUCAUUGACCGCUGCGGGAAGCACUUUGGUACGAUACUCAACUACCUGCGGGACGGGGCCGUCCCCUUGCCCGAGAGCCGCCGGGAGAUCGAGGAGCUGCUGGCAGAAGCCAAGUACUACCUGGUCCAGGGCCUGGUGGAGGAGUGCCAGGCCGCCCUGCAACAGAACAAAGAUGCUUAUGAGCCUUUCUGCAAAGUUCCUGUUAUCACCUCAUCCAAAGAAGAACAGAAACUUAUAGCAACGUCAAAUAAGCCAGCCGUGAAGUUGCUCUACAACAGAAGUAACAACAAAUACUCAUAUACCAGCAACUCUGACGACAAUAUGUUGAAAAACAUUGAACUUUUUGAUAAGCUCUCUCUGCGCUUUAACGGAAGGGUCCUAUUCAUAAAGGACGUCAUCGGGGACGAAAUCUGCUGCUGGUCCUUUUAUGGUCAGGGCCGAAAGAUUGCCGAAGUCUGUUGUACCUCCAUCGUCUACGCCACUGAGAAGAAACAGACCAAGGUGGAGUUCCCUGAAGCUCGGAUUUAUGAGGAGACCCUGAAUAUCCUGCUGUAUGAGGCCCAGGAUGGGCGGGGACCUGACAACGCGCUCCUGGAGGCCACAGGCGGGGCGGCCGGGCGCUCCCACCACCUGGAUGAAGAUGAGGAGCGGGAGCGGGAGCGGAUCGAGCGCGUGCGGCGGAUCCACAUCAAGCGGCCUGACGACCGUGCCCACCUGCACCAGUGAGCCGGCAGGUGGACGCGCCGCCUCUGCCCUCCUCCCCUCCCCCUCCCCGUUCUUCACUCAGAUCAUCUGCAGGCUCCGGGCACCUUCCACUUCCCCUCGAGUCUGGAGAUACUUUUGUAAUAAGCCAGAUUAUUAUUUUGAUAUUUCUCAACAAGGUGAAUUGGUUUUUACCCAGGUGAAUGCUCCCCUGUUGUUGAUAAGCUGUGUCCAAGAGCCCUCCUUUCUGUGAGAGGCCUUGGAGCCAAGCUUGUUGGUUCUCACAGGAAAAGGACAAAUGCGUGUGCAGUGUACAUGAGAACUUUCGUUUGCAGUAUUUAUUUUUGUGGAUGUUGACUACCUACUUGAGCUUCCUGGGUGGUGUUGCCUUUGGGAUUCGGUUUGACCGCUCGGAGAGGGACCCUGCAGCUGGUGGCUGCCCCGGUGUCUUCAGGCUCCGUAUCUCCUCCCCCUCCUCCAGCCUGCACGCUGGCCCCGGCUCCAGUGCGCCGCCAGCUCGGUUCCCGCGCUGGCUUUGCUGGAGUCCAUCCUGCAGCAGGAUUCUGUGCUAGGGCUUAUUGGUAACUAAUUGCAGCUUGUAGCACUGGAGGUGGCACCUGGUGUGCUUUGUGCCUCCAAAUUGUUGUUCCUGUGUGUAUCUGGGUGCCUCGCUCUAUGUAGGGGGCAAGCCUAUUGCCGCCUUGGCUGGUCUGGGUCUGGUGCUUGUUGGGCCCGCCACAUGUUGGGCGGAGGGCAGAGCUGCCCCUGGUGGUGAGCGCUCAGCUCCGUGCCUGGCUCCUUCCCUGACUCCUGCCCCUUCCAGCAGCCCCCCUUGUUGACUCACUGCAUUCCAGGAAGUUCGUCUGGCCUGGGUACGGGGUGGCUCGCCAAACCGAGGCAUCCAGUUCCCCCUCGGCCUUCUUCCCUGUUAAGCCGCUCUUACUGCUGCAAGGGGAUGCCCUGCCCUUCGCUCAGAAACCCUGGGUGGCCUGACUGUCCUCCCGGCGGGCGUCUGCGCAGGACCGCCCCCGCCCCCGCCCCCAGCAGCCUCGGGCAGCUUGCCUGCUGGAAGCGGAGCCGGCACCGAGAGAUCGCCUUGCUGUCUUUGCCCCACUAUCGGGUGGCCAUCAGUGAGCAGUGAGAGGCUGUGCAGGUCCUUUGGGGUCCAGUUAGUGUCCAUGUUCGAGUGUUUAAGGGACGUGUGUGACUGUUGACGGGGAUGUGUGCUUGGGAGCUCGCAGGUGCUCGUGAGGGAUGGAUGUUCUCAGUUACCUACCUCCCAGUCUCUUCUGCGCCUGUCAAGGGACAGAAGUGAGUUGUGACUAAUAUGCGUGGUUGAGACUAGACUAGGUAGAGUAGUUACAAAGCGAUAUGAAUGUGUAUAUGGUAAUGGAUGGAUCUUGUCUGCUUUUCAAGGGAAAUGUUACUGUUCAUACCAAAGGUAUUAAUAUGGGCAGCGUCUGACACAGUGUAUUCCAAAAAAACGAGUUUAUAUUUAGAAAUGGUUUUUAUGGCUUCGACUGUGUACGUACUGCCCUCCUUGUGACAGUUGUAUGCCUUUAUUUUGUAUCCAGCAGCAAAGCCUCCAAUAAACCUUUAAAACAAUCAGGAUGGAACCCAGAAAUUGGGUAGAUGCUUUUUAAACUGCUGUGUGGUUAAUUUUCAUAUGAGGCCAUUUGGAUUUUAUUAACUGCAAAGGAAAUGGGGGGCUUAAAAAAAUGUUUCUUAAAAUAUUUUAUACUGUUUGAGUUUCAAACACCAACCCUGCUGUUUGGGUUGAACUUUUUUAGAAAGUUAAAGUGAAUGUCAGUUCUGAUGUUUUCUGUAGGAAUGGAAAAGCCAUCAAAUACUUGUUUUUUUAAAUGUUUACACGAAGAGUACGUUUGUGGAACAAUCUGAUUUGUCUGGGCUUCUACACCUUAUGAGCUAAUGUCUCUGGCAGUCUCCCCCUCUCCCUUCACUUUUCUUCCAGUGCUGCACUUGUAGCUGUGAGUCUUUGCCUCCCUGGUCCUGAAACAUUCCAGGCUGACGAGGCUGCAUUUAGCCCUGGGCUGACGGGAAGCAGCGGCUGGUCCCGCCGUCAUUAGACAUAGUCCGCAAGGAACUGACUUUUCUUACGCUAGCGCUAAACAACAGUCAGUAUUACCCUUCGGAACCACCCAAGUAAACACUGGCCUAAGAUUUGGUAAAGAGUAAAAUUUUAUUUCAUUGUAAUAGCUUACAAUUAAAAAAGUGGAACAGCUUUGGUCCCUUGUAAUCAUGUUUUUUCAAAUACUGUCUGACGGUGGUGACUGGGGCCUGUGCCCGAGACGGUUCUGGCCGAGCCGCCUCUCGCCCUCCCGCGGUGGCCUCGCAGGUCGGCCGCCGGGCAGGUCCCCAGCCCUCCCGUGGGUUCGGUGUGUCUGCACCUGAGAACACUCUUCGGGGCCCGGUGUGAGCACUCAGCCCUGACUGCCCAUCCCUCUGUGUGUCACUGACCUUUCUUUGUGCUACGAGGAGAAAAAGAAUGCUACGAGCUUUAGAAGUAGUUGCUGUGUGUUGUACAAGCAUUUGUGGACAUAUGUAAAAU